AUGUUUGGAGAAACGGCCAUAGGAUAUCAGGCGGAAGACAUGGAUGUCGGAAACUCUCCUUGUUGCACCAGCGGCAACCGCAAGGUGCUCCGAAUAGGCUGUGCGCUCCUGCCCAAGAAGGUGAGCAGGUAUCUUACAAAAUCUAUGCAGCGAAUUGCCAGUAGCAGAGGAGUGGAGCUGGUACUGCUCGACCACACGAAGCCGCUUGUAGACCAGGGGGAAUAUGACGCUAUCGUCCAUAAGCUUCGGCCCAACAAAGAUUGGGAGCGAAAUCUUCAUGAGUAUAUCACAGCACGUCCGGGCGUGAAGGUGAUAGACUCGUUGGCGGGUAUCAGGAUUGUUCACAACCGAGCCACAAUGCUGCUACCGCUCCGGGAGCAUCCUGAUGGCAUUACCCUGCAGAAACCUUACUCACGUAAUGGCAGAGGAGGUUACAACAUUGCUCGGAUUCAGUCACCCACCCAGGUGGAAAUUACGGAGGGUAUGUCGCUAGCAGAGGCGCAGACGCGGUUGCGCCUAGCUGGAUUAACGCCGCCGCUGCUGGUGAAGCCGCUGUGGACGGACGGCCGCGAGGGCAGCCACGGGCUGGCUGUGCUGCACGACAUGGCGGCCAUGGGCAAGGUACUUCAGGGCGGCGUGUCGUCCUCCCUCAAGCCGCCGCUGGUGGUGCAGCAGUUUGUCGAUCACGGGGGUGUCCUGUUUAAGGUAUAUGUCCUCGGCGUGCGCACAGUGGUCUGCUUGCGGCCUUCUUUAGGCGACUCUCACCUAGGCCGGGAGGAGCGGCGCGCCGGCGUGCAGUCGCUCCCCCGCAUAUCCUGCAAGUCCAGCUACGCCAAGGGAUCACCUGAGGACAAGCUGAGCGCCGGCAUCAUUUACGACACCGCGGCGGCGGGCGGCCGGUUUUCCAGUCCCUCCGAUUUUGAUUGCGGCAGCGACGGCGUCCGUGGCAGCGGCCGUCUGGAGUCCUGGGGCCGGGUCCACCAGGGCGCCGUCAGCGCCCCGGACCUCAGCCCGCAGCGGCCACCUCCGGAGCAGCUGUUGCACCCCUCGGCGCCGCCGGAGUGGGUGACCAGCGCCCUGGCGGGGACGCUGAGGGAUAAGCUGGGGCUACAGCUGUUCAACUUCGACAUGAUAUGCCCCGCGGACCAGCCGUCGCCGCACGAGCGGCUGUAUUAUGUGGUGGAUAUUAACUACUUUCCUGGCGUGGACAAGAUCCCGGACUUUGAGCACAUCUUUGUGGACUUCCUUACUGCUACAUGCGAAGGGGACCUAGAGUGCGGGGGCGACCGGGCCUUAGCACCCGCAGAUGCUGGCCAGACCGACACGGAAAUGGCGGGUGGUGAGGACGCCGUGUCGUCGGUGUCCUCAGACAAAGGUGACGUUGGCAGGCUGCUGAUGGUAGGGGCGGAUGCACCGGCUCCAGCGGCUCCGCCACCGGCGCCGGCAGGCACCACGACCUGGGGGCCCCUCGAACAGCACUCUUGA